AAAAUGGAUGAAAUGAAGAGAAGAAAAUUGGAUCAGAAGAGGAGUGACACCAGAAGUGAUGUGAACAUUGAGACCAAAGCGGCGCCAGAAGUGAAGCAAACAGUGAAACGAAAAUUAGACACAAAUUCAGAUGAAAUAACGAGUAAAGUGUCUAAAAAUACAUUUGAUUUCAAAGCUCCAGAAGUAAAGAGCGAAUCAAUGGCUGUAUUGAUGGAAACGAACGAAGAUUUUGUGAAUAAAUCGAUGACAACGAGUGAUGUCCAGCAAUCAGGUCUUCCGAACGAUUUCUUCGACGACAACAAACAGAUGUCAGCAAAGAGUGAAGAAACUCGUGAAUCAAUUGAUGAAGAAAUGGAAACCAAUGACGAGUCGAAAGGUCUGCCGAAAGGGUUUUUUGAUGACCCGGUUAUGGACGCGAAGGCCCGCAAAGUGGUGUUUAAAGACCCUAUGGAUGAACAGUGGGAACAGUUCCAGAAAGUGAUUGCAGAGGAGAAUAAUGUUUCCGAGAAUAUCAUUGAGGAGGACAUCGAAGAGCUACAAAUGGAUCGCAAUCUGGAAGAGAUUGAGGAACAGAUCGCCAAUUGGAUGAAAGUGAAUGAAAUGCAGAAAAAGGCGGAACUCAUUCACAGCCAUAUUGUGAACACUAGGGAUACUGCUAUGAAAGAAGAGGACAGUGACUCGGAUGUGGACGAACACGACCUCAACGUCUUCUCCAACUGGAGGUCUCGGACACCACUUAACUCUAAUAAAUGA